AUGGGUGGAAAUUUAGGACCAACAGUUAUUGAUACAAAGAAUAGUAAUUUAUUACCAAAGAUUCAAAUGAACGGGACAGUGAACUCAUAUCAGGGACAACCAGUACCUCAAGGACAAAGUCAAUCACCUGAUAGUCAAUCUCAAAAAGGUGCAGAACAACCAGGUCAACAGGGACCACAAGGGCCAGCAACAGAUUCAACUGGAAUUCAAGGUCCUCCAAGAGUACCAGGGCAAACAUCUUCCUCGCAAAUCCACAGCCAAGGACAGAUUCAAAUGCAAAGUCAAGGAUUAAGUCAUCCGAAUGCUAAGACCACCACUCAAGUAAAUAAUGGCACAACAACCACCAAGACUAAUAUCGCUAGUCCAGUUUGUCAUAAUUGUAAAACACAAACCACUCCAUUAUGGAGACGUGAUGAAACUGGACAAGUUCUUUGUAAUGCUUGUGGAUUAUUCCUCAAAUUACAUGGAAGACCAAGACCAAUUUCUUUGAAAACUGAUACCAUCAAAUCAAGAAAUAGAAUUAAACAAUCGAAUAGUAAUUCCCAAAAAUCAUCAGCUCCAAAUACUCCAAAAUUAGAAUCAAAAGAUAAGAAAUCUCCCAAAUUAAAGAAACUUAAUUAUAAUCAUAAUUUACAGAAUGGGAACCAUCCUGUUCAACCUUUACACUAUCCAUCAUCAACUCCAACACAAUUUGCUCCAGGGUUACAAAGAAUCACCAGUCCUUUAUUGUUGUCAAACACUUCUUCAAUCUCAAACAGUAGAAGUUCAAAUAUAAUGCAAGCUGCAGGUACAUUAGAAAAUAUGUCAGGAUCGUCAGAUUUAGGACCUAGCGCUACUUUCAAGAAAUUCCAAUCCAACAGUCCGAUAUCUUUAAUGAGUCACCCAACCCCAGCCACUACACCAUCCUCAGUUGCAAAUAUCAAAAAGGAAAAUUCUCCAAUUUUCUCAACACCAUCGUCAGCUCUUAACUAUCCAAGACCAAUAAAUUCUCCAAGUUUCGGUCCACAAUAUCAUUUGACUAAUAAUUCCAACAAUAGUGCUUCAAAAACACCUGAAACUUUGCCACCAAUUCAACAACUUGAUAGUGUUAAACCUAAUUUACCUCAUAUUGCCAAUUUAACUGAUAUUAAUGGUGUCAGUUUAACAAAUAAUUUCCCAAAACCUCAUGUAUCUCAACCUAUUAUGUCAACCAGUGCAUCCAUUCCAUCAAAUCCUCCACAUCCUGCUGCAUCAUCUAAUCCAUCUCAACAUGGAAAUAGUGGACAACUUCCUCAGACAAAUUCAUCAAAUACAUCAUCAAAUUCUGUCCCUCCUCAACCAAGUAAUUUACCAAAUCCAGGAGAUAAUAACUCCAAUGGUCAUCAUAAUGGUGACGAAGUUACCUUAUUGAAAACAAGAAUCAGUGAACUUGAAUUGGUCAAUGAUUUAUACAGAACAAGAAUAAUGGAAUUGGAAGCAAUGGAACAAGCUGCUAGGUUAAGAGAAAAUUCCAUAAGGAAAAGAUUGGAUGAAGUUAUGAACGAAAAUAAACGUCAAAGAUUAGAAUAA